GGCCCAAUCUAUCUAUCUCUCCCUCUUCAGCCGCCCCUCCCCUCCCCUCGUUAGCAGCUAGGGUUUCCUCUCGUCCCCGAUUUCCCGAUCUCCAACCCCAUGGCGGCCGCCGACGACUCCAAGAAGAUGAUCACCCUCAAGUCCUCCGACGGCGAGGUGUUCGAGGUGGAGGAGGCGGUGGCGAUGGAGUCGCAGACCAUCCGCCACAUGAUCGAGGACGACUGCGCCGACAACGGGAUCCCGCUCCCCAACGUCAACUCCAAGAUCCUCUCCAAGGUCAUCGAGUACUGCAACAAGCACGUCCAGGCCGCCAAGCCCGCCUCCGCCGACUCCGCCGCCGCCGCCGCCGACAGCUCCUCCGCCGCCGCCCCGCCCGCGCCCGCCGAGGACCUCAAGAACUGGGACGCCGAGUUCGUCAAGGUCGACCAGGCCACCCUCUUCGACCUCAUCCUCGCCGCCAACUACCUCAACAUCAAGGGCCUGCUCGACCUCACCUGCCAGACCGUCGCCGACAUGAUCAAGGGCAAGACCCCCGAGGAGAUCCGCAAGACCUUCAACAUCAAGAACGACUUCACCGCCGAGGAGGAGGAGGAGAUCCGCAGGGAGAACCAGUGGGCUUUCGAGUAGAGCCACACUACCCUGCCGCGGCCGCGUUGAUGAUGGAUCCUGAAACUCGCUAUUUCCGACGCUGCUACUACCUUUUAUGUAAUAAUUAUCUUUGAGUCGAGGUCCGGUUUAUGAACAUCUAUCUAUCUAUCUUCGGUGGUUGUUUAUGUCUGGAACAAAAACUAUAUGUUCAGUCGGUUUUAUCUAUGAACAUCUAUCCUCAGUAGUUGGUUA